AUGGGUGUAAACCGUGUUUACGAUACUCAUAAAUGUACUAUUGGCAAGGCUCAAGUUAUCACGGUGUCGGUGGCGGUGUCGGUGCUGACGUUGACGUUCAUCAGCAUCGACCGCUGGUACGCCAUCUGCUUCCCGCUGCGCUUCAACUCCACCACCAACCGCGCCAAGACGGCCAUCGGCAUCAUCUGGUUUGUGUCGCUCGCCUUCGACAUCCCGGAGCUGGUGGUGCUGAGGGCCCGCGGCCGCGACUGGGACUCUGUGCUGCUGACGCAGUGCGAGAGCACCUGGAGCUACGACUCCGAGAUGGUGUUCCACGGCGCCAAGAGCCUGCUGCUCUACACGCUGCCGCUGCUCUUCAUGUCGGUCGCCUACUACCAGAUCGUGCGAGUCCUCUGGCGCUCCAACACAAUACCCGGACAGGCUCAGGAGACGUCAAGUCGGCGAACGCUCCCGUCGUCCGCGAGCUGCAGCAGCCGCCGCAGCACGGUCAGCAGCAACGCGGCCACCGAGGUGCAGCUGCGGUCGCGCCGCAAGGCUGCCAAGAUGCUGGUCGCCGUCGUCCUCAUGUUCGCGCUCUGCUACCUGCCCGUCCACCUGCUCAACAUCCUCAGGUACACCAUGGACAUUCCGCAGAAUGAUGCGACGAGCAUCAUUUCGAUGCUGUCCCACUGGCUGUGCUACGCCAAUUCAGCAGUCAACCCCAUCAUCUACAACUUCAUGAGCGGUGAAUUUAGAAGACAACACAGGGUGACAUUUUCAUCUUCAAGAGCAAACCCA